AUGCUCAUCGGCCUCCUCGUCAUCCUGAUCAAUGUAGCGGGCUCUACAGAGCCACCGGGCUUCAGGCCCAUGUCGCCGCAGCGCGGUCAGCGCAUCGGCGAGUCGAGGUUGCCGGCACCACAGUGGGGACAGCAUCAUGAGCAGAACGUACAGGGGCUGCCGGCGGCAGAGCUGGCGCAGCAGAGCACAUCCAAGGUCCCGCCGUUCUGGGCUCCAUACCUCGAGCAGCGCGGGUACCCCUUCAGGCUGUGGGUCCAGGACGUGAUGCUGUGGUGCGCGGCGACGGAGCUGCAACAACAUCAGCGCGGCCCAGCAAUCGUCCAGAGGCUCGGCGGCACGGCGAGGGACCUCUGCCGCGAGGUGCCGGUCGAGGCCAUCGCUCACGGCAGGUUCGACCAGCUCGGCAACCUGGUCGAGGACGGGGUGCAGAUGCUGAUCACAGGACUCAGGCGGCGCUUUGGCCCGCUCGAUGUCCAGUCCUCGAUCAGCACCAUCGUCGAGCUGCUUACAUUUCGCAGACAGGAGCGGGAGAGCGUCGACGACGCGAUCACGCGCUUCGAGGCUCUGCGCGCCCGAGUGGCGCAGCUUGACGACCCGCUCGUGCUGCCGACGCCGGUACUCUCGCUGCUGUUCUUGGAGGCCCUGCAUGUGCCCAAGGCUGUGUACCCCCUGGUGCUGCAGUCCAACGGCGGCCAGCUGCCACUGACGAUCGACCAGCUGAACAGCGUGAUCGGGAUGGUGCGGCAGCAGGGCCACUUUGCGGAGCACACUCAUGCAGGACCUCAGAACUUGUCCGAAGGAUACCGCGGCAAAGGAUAUCACGGUCAUCAUUGGUUCACGGGCGAGCAUGACAGCGGCGCCAACACCUGGAACGACACGGCCGCAUACAUGUAUGGUCAGAGCGCAUCCAGCGCGGCAGGGAGCGCUGGAUCCGCACCACAGCACUACGUGGUCCAGGACGACGAGGGCUACGAUUGUUGCGCCGUCUGCUCGAGCUACUUGUACGAAGACGAGCCCGGGGACGAUGACUCGAUGACCGACGACGAUGACUUGGACACUUCCCAGUUCACUCAGGAGGAACUACAGGAGUAUUAUGGCGACUCCGAGGGCUGGGACUACGACACCCUGCUACACGAGUACCUGUUCGCGAAGCGUAGGUUUCGCCACUUUGUUCAACGGAACAGCCGCCGCUCUCGUUUCCCGCGCAGCAACUGGUCUCUUCGUAUGAACAGCGGCAAGGGCGGCAGCAGCUUCGGACGUGGGCGAGGCCACGGCAAGGGAUACCACUUUGGAGGAUCGGUGGUGAACCCAGGCUCGCUGGCAGGAGGAAAAGGUAAGAAGAAGAAGGGCGGCAAGCACUACAUGGCAGGCACGCCCGGCGCCACCAAUCCUCGAGGCAGUGACGGCCGUACCAUGCGAUGCCACGAGUGCGACUCGGAGACUCACCUCGUGGCCGCCUGCCCCAAGCGCAAGGGCAAGGGCAAGGGCAAGCACUUCAUGUCCUGGAACUCUGGCAGCGCCUCGACAGGGACGCAGCAGGCUGGGGCUCCUGCCGCCGACCCAACAUUGUCCGCCUAUGCGCCUGUGCCCGCGCAGCCGCGGACUGGAGCCCUGUCCGGAGUGCUGCACUGGUUUACCGAAGAUGCCCGGACGCCCGGCCUGCAGAUCGACGACCUUGACGAGGACACCCUCCGCGAGGCGCUGAGCUGGGAGACCCUGGACAUGCGCGACAACGUCGCGGAGCACGACAUGGUGACGGAGAUCCAGGCCAGCAUGCAGGACCGAGCUGCGGAGGAUCAGCCUCCGACGACAGCUGGGCGAUCAGCGGCCUUGACCAGCCCGACAUGGUUCCCAUGGUGGCGAGUUGAUCAGUUCGAGAACGCCAGCGGGGAGACCUACUUGGUUCGCACCCGCAUGAAGGACAGGAGCGGCGAGGCUCUGCUGGUGGACCCCGGGAGCCCAGGCAACCUUACUGGCGACGAGUGGGGUAACAGGAUGGCAGCGCGACAGCAGCAGGCAGGACGUCCACCGCCUGUGCGCACCCCACUUGAACGGGUGCUUGAGGUUGGUGGUGUGGGCUCAGGAUCUCAGCAGGCUACGCACGCUCAUCGCUAUCAACUGGCGCUGCAGGGAGGACAAGCCGCGACCUACGAGGCGCCGGUGCUCCCGAACAGCAGCGUUCCAGCACUGCUCGGGCGAGCAUCGCUGCGGGACCAGCGCAUACUGCUCGACUGCUUCAACAAUCGCAUGUACCGCAUCGGCCCGGGCGGCUACUCCCUGCAGCUGAGCCCAGACGGGAACAUCGGGGAGUUCGGGACCCACGAGGACGAUGGCAUUGGCGACCUCGACGACAUCAGAUUCGACAUCCUUGCCUGCAGCAACCGCACCGACUCCCGCAUCCACCAGGACGGCAAGCAAGAAGACCACUACGGCGACGUCAUCCGGCAGCGGGAAGUACAGGGGAGACCGCCAUCGGCAUGGGUGUUCGGCGACUUGCAGAACCUGUGCCAGAACGCGCUGCACGGAUGCGGAUAUGCGGUGGAUCGCAACUGUGAUGUUCACAGAUUCCUCGGGCAGGAGGAUAAGUGGGCGGAUUCCUUGCGCCACCAGCAGCCGGAGCUCGUUUGGAUCAGCCUGGCUCAGCCGGGCACGUCGCGAGGCACUCGCAACGACAAGCGAGCCAAGCGUUUCGAGUGUAAGAUUGCUCGAGCUCAACUUGAAGGGCAUCGCUGCUGCAUCGUCGAGGCGGACGAGGGCAGCGCGGUGUGGGACAUGCCCGACAUCUUGGAGCUGCUGGACGACAGGAGGUGGCACUCAGGCUGCAAGGUGAGCGCGCUGACUGCGAGCUUUCCCACCGAGCAGAGGACGCGCGACAAGGCGCGUAAGGCAGCAGACCCGGAGCGCAAGGUGAAGAAGAGGCCACAGACAGUGGAGCAGGUCUUCGACGACUGCGGCUCCGAUUUCACGAAACUCUACGUGGCGAACGAAUACGAGCUGGACGAGGUGUGCUACGGCACCGAGCUCAGGGAGGACCAGCACAUCGAUGAGCAACCGUACAUCAUGAUGUCCGAGUUCUUUGGCAUGAUCGGCUCGGAGGCGCACCUGAACGAGAAAGACGAGCAGCUGAACUUCUUCAGCUCGGUCAAGGAUAUGGACACACACAUGAACAUCUACUACGGCCACCUGCAGCACGACGACGUCGCGGAGCUGUGCGGUGGCGCAUCUGGAACGACCCGGCUACUUGUACGACGAGGAUAUCGGGGCGGUCCCAACUUCGAUCUCAUUUGCGACUGCAACUUGAUGACGCACGAGGGCCAGAGGCAGUUUUGGGAAUAUCUGUAUCGUGGCAAGCCUCUUGUUUUACUCAUUAGCACGUCCUGUACGAGCUUGAAGGGGUUCUCGGCGCUCAACAAGGUCAUCAACUACGACGGCUGGCUUCGCAGUCGCAAGACAUCAGUGGGGCUGGCCCGCAUCGCCGCUGCAGCGGCGUGUACUCAGAUGGACGCCGGACGCCACUUUGUGUCGGAACAGCCGUUGGGCAGCGACUUCUACAAGCUCGACGACUGGCAACACAUCGCCAACAACUACGCGGUGGCAUGGUGCCAAGUCGACCAGUGCAUGGCCGGCAAGAUCGGGCGGCGAACGGGACUACCUAUCAAGAAGUCCUCGGAGUUCUGGGCUUCGGACGAGCGCCUGCUCGCCGGACUCAGGAGGUUUCGCUGCGACGGCCAGCACGAUCACGCCUUGCUGGCCCAUGGUGGCCGAGGACACCAUCCAGAGCGUGACAAAUGGCGACUAGAGAACCCCAAGGAUCACGCGGAGUGGGCGAUUGGCAUCUGCCGGGAGCUGGCGGCGAGCAUCUCCCAGAUGGUGGAGCGCGUGAGUGCCCGGCCUGCCGGAGUGGUCGCGCGGCCUCAGACACACGACAUACCCGAAUACCUGGAGAAUGCCGAGCAGACAGUGUUCUCCCAAGAGCAGUUGGACCUCGAGAUCUACGACCGAGACAACCACCAGCCUCCGAGGAGCCGACUGCGAACCAGGCACCGAGCGCCGCGCGAGCCGACGCGCCAGAUGCCGAACCUGAACCGCCACUGCCUCCACCUGUGCCUGCGGAGCGUCGACCUCGAGUGGCUCGAGCGACAGCGGCGGCACGGCGACUGCGAUCGCGUCUGCCAGCAGCUGGAGAGGCGGAGCCGGACGAGCCAUCAGGCGGCGCCUCGGGAUCGGCGGACGCCAUCGGUGAGGCACCCGCCGCGGAGCAACCGGCUGCGGCCCCAGCCGCGCCAGCCCGAGGCGUGGAUGCGGGGACGCAGGCUCGAGGAAGUGACGAGCCAGGCUGGACCGCGUUUGACCUCGGGCACGCGCUCCGACUGCUGCACAGCCCACACCAGGAAGUCGUUCGGCGCCAGCUACGACGACUUCAUGUUCGAUUUUGGCACGCUCCAGCACAUGACGAUAUCUCGGCUCGCGACGGGUUUCAACGAGAUGGUGCAGUGGGACAUCCUCUACAUCGGCGAACAGAUGGUGGCACACAUGAUCGACGAGGCGACCCGCUGGACGGUGCUGCACAUCUUGGAACGGAAGACAGCGAUCAUGAUUAUCGCCGGCAUCACUCAGGGAUGGCUACGUCCUCAUGGCCCCAUGAAGCUGCUGACUGCCGACAUCGAGGGCGGUCUCCAUGGCGAGGAGGCGUACCAGUGGCUGGACCGCUGGGGCAUUGAGAUGAAGGCCAAGGAGGAGGGCUCGCACGCGCAGCUGGUGGAACGUCAUCACGACCUAGUGCGCAAGAUCAUACGCCGCGUGCAGGCCCAGCUUGCGGAAGAAGGCAUUGUGAUGCCGUUGGAGAUCGUGAUCAUGGAGUGUGCCCUCAUCAAGAACCUCCUCAUCACCGUGGCUGGCUACAGCCCGUACCAGGCGGUGUACGGCCGACUUCCGCCCCUGCUCGCCGAGUUCGAGCCGGUGAGCGACUGCCAGAUCGACGACCAAUCGGCUGGCAUUCCAGGGAUCUCCCGACACCAUCAUCGGCUCCGCGAAGUUGCAAUGCAAGCCAUGGUGGAGAUGACCGCGAAGGACAGGCUGAGGCGCGCACUUCGAUCCAAGAAGCGUGCCCCGCACGAGGCGCUGCAGCUGGCGGUCGGCGACCAGGUUGACUUCCACCGGCCGCCGAGCACGAAGGAGGAGUCGGGGUGGCGCGGCCCGGCUACCUUGCUGCAGGUCGGACCUCCAGUGCUCAUUCGAUGGCAGGGCCGAGUAUUUCAAGUGCGACCUCAGGACCUUCGGCGAAGCCUCGUCUACUUCGUGAUGUUCACGAACAACAUCUUCUUUGAGGCAGGAUCGCGUGACCCGGUGGCCACCAUCAUGAGCUACGCGGACCAGCUGGACAGCAAGGUCGUGCGCGUCGGGUGGCUCUUCGACGCCGGGUGGAAGCGGACCGCGGACAGCCAGAAGCUCAGCGAGUUGGUCCUGGCGGUGCUGCACGUUGCCGCCAGUGGCUUCUACCUGGUGGGGUGCAUCGGCGCGCGAGUGGGCAACGGCGUGUCUGUGCUCGAGGGCAUGGUCGGAUGCGACCACAGCUUCCUGUGGUGGUGGCGGCGCGGACGCCCAGAGCUGUCCUGGUACCACGAGGCGUCUGGAUCUGCUCGACUGAAGUUGGCCCCGAUAUUUGGCAAGGAUCACUGGCGGGACGUCAGCUUCGUGCAGUUCAUCAUGACGGACGACGAGUCUGUUCGCGAACUUCGGCGACGUGAACCCGAGGAACCGCCAGAGUUUCAGGAGGAAGACUUCGACAUGACCUGGCAGGACAAGCCGAUAUCCGACACGAGUGAGCCAGCGGCGGCAGUUGAGGCCCCUGCACCCCGGCACGAGCCAGUGCUCCCGAUCAAGGAUGAUGGUGGCAAAGACGACGACGGCGACUCGGACAGCGACGCGACCCAGGAGUACCUGUUCGCGAGCUGGCAGCACCUGAAGGAGCAGGCCGCUCUGCCUGCUGUUGACAUCGAGUGCGCUCAGAGCGACUUCUUCUUUGCAGCCCCGGACGCAGAUCAUGUGGCAGAAGCAGCAGAGGAUGAUUCUUCGAAUUCCCGACCCGACUGCGUCGAGAUCGGCAUAGGUGCGCCACUCAUGUACUGGGUGCACCCUGAGGUGGAGCACAUGCGACGACCUGGGUCAGGGGAGAUCUACAUCCUGCGCGUCUACAACACGGGCAAGCGCGAGAUUGUCGUCGAGCGCGAAAUGAACGUGCUCACGCUGGAAGAGGCCCGAGCUCACGAAGUUGAAGUACGGCAGGCCAUGAAGGACGAGCUCCAGCGCUGGGCGGAGUUGAAGGCAUUCCAGCGUUUCCCGAAGGAUCAGGCGACCAACAUCAUCGACUCCCGCUGGGUGCUCAAGUGGAAGGAGAUCGACGGCAAGAAGCAGGUGCGCGCGAGGCUCACGGUGAGAGGCUUCAAGGACAUGCAGUCACCGGAGCUGUCCACCUUUGCGGGUACUACGACACGAUGGGGACAACGACUGGUGAACCAGGUGACUGCACAGCGCAAGUGGCGAUUAUUCUCAGCGGACAUCAGCCAGGCGUUCUUGCGCGGGCUCACCUUCGAGCAGGUCGCCGCCAUGGACGGCGAGGUCAAGCGGAAGGUACAGUUCACGAUGCCGCCAGGAUCGAUUCCAGUCCUCCGGCAGCUGGAGGGCUACGAGGACUACAACCCUGUGACAGAGGUGUUGUUGCUCCUGCGCUGCGGCUUCGGUCUGAAGGACGCGCCGAGGCUGUGGCAGGUCAUGUUGAAGCAAGUGCUGGAGACGACAGGAGGCAAGGCGCUCAUCAGCGACCCGCAGAUCUACGUGUACCACGACGCGAAGGGUGAGCUGCAGAUGAUCAUGUCCUCGCACGUGGACGACCUCAAGGGCGGCGGCGAGGACUACCUGCGGGAGAAGGUACUGAGCAUGAUCGAGAGCGAGUUUGGGAAGCUGAAGCGCCAGUACGACUGCUUUGAGUGCAUCGGCAUCAUGCACGAGCAGGACGCUGUGACCAAGGCCAUCUGGACGCAUCAGCAGCACUACGUUCAGCAGCUGCGACCGCUCCAGGAAGACCAGUAUGUGAUGGAGAAUGAAGAUGGUCAGGUGAGCGUGGAGACCCACGCGGCGUACAUGUCGCUGCUCGGGGGAAUCGCAUGGAUGACGCAGACGAUGGCGCCCAUUGCAGUGUACGUCAGCUACCUCCAGCGGCAGGCCAAGAAGCCGUCAGUCGGAGACAUCCGGAAGAUCAACAGGCUGCUGAAGUGGAUAAUGGUGAACUCGAAGCAGCUCGGAGUUCGGUUCAUCGAGUUGAACAUGCCACGAGUGCGUUUGACCGUCGUCAGCGACUCAGCCUUCCACGCCAUGGAGUUCGAAGGUUUGGCGAUCCGAGGAUGUGUGAUCAUGUUGCUGGAGGCUGACGCCGAGGUGCUUCAAACCGGAUCGACGUAUAAGAUUAUGAUGCUUGACUGGUACAGCAGAAAGCAGAACAACGUAGUGAGGUCCACCUACGCCGCCGAGCUUAUGGCGCUGUUGGACGCACUCGGCACCAGCACCCUCAUGAACGUGGCAUUGACCGAGAUCAGUGAAGGAGUGUGCACAGCGAAUGCGAUGCGAGUGCGGCAGGAGGCCGGCGACCUAGUAUUGAAGAUGAUCGCGGCCAUCGACGCGAAGGCAGUGUUUGACGCCGUCUCCGCCGCCACUAUCAAGGUGACCACGGACAAGCGCAUGUUCGUGCCGACGCUCGCGGUGCGUGAGCAGAUCGACCGCCUCCAGCUGGCACAGCUCAGCUGGAUCGACACGGUGGACAUGCUGGCGGACGGGCUGACGAAGGGCGAGCUCGACCGGACGGCCCUCGUGAAGCUGGGCUUCGGCAACGAGUGGCACUUGAGCGGGCUGCAGCCAGUGGCCUUCUCGGUGCGCAGCGUGCUGGAGGGCCGCGCAGAGCGCUCGAAUUCCCGACCCGAUUGA